AUGUUUUCGACGCUGAAGAUAGAACAAGCAAAGGCCCGUAUUGUUUCCCUUAGUGCUCUGAUAGGAGAGAGUGGGGUUGUAAAGGUGGUCGCCGCACACAUGACCAUUGAAAAGAUCAAAACCUGGGAUUCAACCUAUCUUCUAGACAAUGCGGACGUGAAACCUGAACCGAGAAAAACAAGUAAAAGCCUCUUUCCAACUGCACGUUUUGCCGCUGUGCUUCUUGAAACAGCCCAGGUUUCUGAGACAAUGCAUCAGCAGAGGAAAAAUGUCGUUGAUAUUGGUGGAGAGACCUCAGCGGCAGACGAGAUACAGGUCAGCGCCUCCAAUGGUGAAUGCAACACAGGUGAUUGGCUCUCGCGCUUUGGUUGUAAUCCCUGCGUCUGGAACGAGGAUUUGCGCCUCCAGCCGCCGCUCACUGGAUGA